CACCUCGCGCAGGCAGGGCGACAAGCAGACAUCAGUGUCAUGACGGACCUGCUGCAAGUGUUGCCCGACUUUGACACGCGCCCAUACACCCAUCUGCUGCCGUCGCUUGACAAGGCUCUCAUCGCUACCAACGACCUGGUCACUCUCGAGCCGCAUCAUGUAGCGAAGCGUGCUCACUUGCCCAGUGCCGACGUGCGCAAGCUGGCCGAAGCCGUUGUGCGUGCCCUUCAUAUUCACCUUGGCCUUCCCGUGCAGGAGCCCGGGCAUGCCGCCGCCGCCGCCGCCGCUGCUACUACCACUACUACUGAUGGCGGUGGUCUGAAAGACGAUGAUGACUGCUGCUGCAUCAGCACCCUGGAUGAGAAACUUGACGCUGCUCUUCUGGGUGGCAUUCGGCCUGGCUAUUUGGUUGAAGUGACCGGCGAGAGCGGCGCCGGAAAAACCCAGCUCCUUCUCACCCUCUUGCUUGCCUCGCAGUUGCCUCCCCCACACGGUCUUGCCAGAUCUGCCGUCUACAUUUCCACCGAAGCACCCCUCGCCACAACUCGUCUCACCCAGCUACUGUCCAGUCACCCGUCCCUUGUCGCCCUACCGCAAACAAAAAAACCCUCGCUGUCGCGGAUCCUGAGUAUCCAGACACCCGACCUUGAGUCGCAAGAACACAUCUUGCGCUAUCAACUGCCGGUAGCCAUCAAGAAACACAAUGUGGGCCUCGUGGUUCUGGACUCUGUCGCUGCAAACUUCCGCGCUGAGUUCGACAAGGACUCUUCACGCAAUGGCCCCGCAUCAAUGGCGAAGCGGAGUGCUCAGUUGGUGCAUCUAGGAGCUUUGCUACGUGACCUUGCGCGCACCGAGAACAUUUCCAUUGUCGUAGCGAAUCAGGUCGCCGACCGUUUCACAGCCGCCCCAGCCCCUUCGCCCAAUCCUGUCUCCAGAACCACAUCUACCAACAGCCAGUCCAAUACUACCAUCCAUAAUUCAAGUCUCGCCCCGCAACUACCUGUCAACGGCCCAUCCACCCAAUCCGAAGGAGGCUUCAUGUUGUCGCCGAAUCCAUUGGCCUUGGAUCAUCAACAAUGCUGGUUCACGGGAUGGGGUGACAUUCGGUCGGAUUCAUUGGACGCCCUGAAAACGCCAUCGCUUGGGCUUGUUUGGACAAAUCAGAUUGCAUGCCGGAUUGCUCUGGUCAAGAAACCUGUGCUGGCAAGUCGGUCGUCAGUCAUCAAUGGGAAAGAUGAACGCAAUGAAGAUCAAAGUCACAUCUCCAAAUGGCAACGCUGGUUCAAGGUCGUUUUUGCGUCUUGGGCACCACCAUCAGAAGAUCGAGGGGUGGAGUACGAGAUACUCCGGAGUGGCUUACGCCAUACAGACUCUAAAACCGGAAAUCUAGCUGCUGUAGAGUAG